UUAUGAUUUCAGGUGAUGAGGUAGAAGCUAGGGAUUAGGGAGGGGGCUUAGAGGUGGAAGAACUCAGGUACCUUCUCUUUCUUUUUAUGCUGCUGAUUCAUACGCUGCUGCUUCUUUUCUCUCUCUUGAGAUAAACCAGAUUUAAUAGGCUCUAGAAGAUUCGUCGGUGACUCUUCCCGGUCGGUCACCGAAUCGUGAUCGCUGGAGACGAGUUUGAGUGUUUCUUUAUCUUUGUUUGUUAGCGUAAGAGGAAAGUGUGCGUGUUUGGAUUGAUAAGAGGAAAAGAGAAAAUGAAUGGGAAUAGCAAUGGAUUUGGGAGUGCCGGUGCGGUGGCGGCGACUGAGUUUGUAAGGAGACAUCAUCGACAUGAGACUGGAGAGAAUCAGUGUAGUUCUGCCGUCGUCAAGCGGAUCAAAGCUCCUGUUCCUCUCGUUUGGUCUCUGGUGAGGCGAUUUGACCAACCUCAAAAGUAUAAACCCUUUGUCAGCCGGUGUGUUGCACAAGGAAACCUUGAAAUUGGGAGUCUUAGAGAAGUUGAUGUCAAGUCAGGGCUACCGGCUACUACAAGCACCGAAAGACUCGAACUCCUUGAUGAUGAUGAGCAUAUCCUCAGCAUCCGGAUUAUUGGUGGGGAUCAUAGACUUAAGAACUACUCGUCAAUCAUCUCACUCCAUCCAGAGAUCAUAGAUGGCAGACCUGGGACUCUAGUCAUUGAAUCCUUUGUGGUGGAUGUGCCCGAGGGAAACACAAAGGAUGAGACAUGCUACUUUGUUGAAGCUUUGAUCAAGUGCAAUCUCAAAUCUCUUGCAGAUGUUUCAGAAGGGCUAGCAGUGCAGGACCGGACAGAACCCAUUGAUCUUUGAAAGUCAGGGAGCUGACAGUUGUAAGGUGGUGGCCAUAGUUGCCAUGGAUGAAGCUUCGGGGCUUUCGUAUCUUCGGAGGCUUGAGAGAUGGACUGGCAAUUGUUGGUCUUCCAUCUUCUAGAUACAUUCACACUGCAUUCCAUCCAUUUGUUAUUGUUCUCUCCUUUGAUUUUAACAUUAUGUGCUGGAUUCCCUGUCUCUACUUGAUCAAAAACCACAAAUAUUAUAAAAGUUUCUUCAGUCGAACAAAAAGGGGAGUGGUUGCUGUUCAGCAGAACCAAAUUUUUGUUAAUUUGGGUAUAUAAUGGAUCGUCUUUAUUGGAGUUCAAAA